AUGUGUCCCUGUCCCUCAGACCUGCCCUGUCCAUGUCCCUCAGACCUGCCCUGUCCCUCAGACCUGCCCUGUCCCUCAGACCUGCCCUGUCCCUCAGACCUGCCCUGUCCCUCAGACCUGCCCUGUCCCUCAGACCUGCCCGGUCCCUCAGACCUGCCCUGUCCCUCAGACCUGCCCGGUCCCUCAGACCUGCUGUCCCUGUCCCUCAGACCUGCCCUACCUGCCCUGUCCCUCAGACCUGCCCUGUUCCUGUCCCUCAGACCUGCCCUGUCCCUCACACCUGCCCUGUUCAUGUCCCUCACACCUGCCCUGUCCCUGUCCCUCACACCUGCCCUGUCCCUGUCCCUCAGACCUGCCCUGUCCAUGUCCCUCACACCUGCCCUGUCCCUGUCCCUCACACCUGCCCUGUCCAUGUCCCUCACACCUGCCCUGUCCCUGUCCCUCACACCUGCCCUGUCCCUGUCCCUCAGACCUGCCCUGUCCCUGUCCCUCAGACCUGCCCUGUCCCUGUCCCUCAGACCUGCCCUGUCCAUGUCCCUCACACCUGCCCUGUCCCUGUCCCUCACACCUGCCCUGUCCAUGUCCCUCACACCUGCCCUGUCCCUGUCCCUCACACCUGCCCUGUCCCUGUCCCUCAGACCUGCCCUGUCCCUGUCCCUCAGACCUGCCCUGUCCAUGUCUCUUAGAGCCAGAAAUGUUUUCAAUCCAGCCACCCGAACGCUGAUCGUGCUUUCUGUUUUGAGCGUCUUGCACGUAGGUCUGCGUCUGAUGUAA